AUCUUUAUUAGAUUUUGUUUUCAAACUUUCUACUUUCAACUUCAAGUCAUAAGAACGAACGAUCCCUUUCGUCUUGUUUCAAACUUCCUCUUUCUCUUUCUUUCUUUUAACUGUAACUUUCUGCAGGUUCUUCCAUGGAGUCUCUGCAAGUCAGUCGUUUUAUUUCAUGCAGAUCAUCGUCGUUUUCGAGCACGACGAAACUUGCUCCGAGUUUUAGGCCUGUAACGCAAGUCGGGUUUGGUUCUUUGUGGAGGAAACCGAAUAAAAAUGGUUGCUUGGUGAUCAGGAGCUUGACGUUUGUAAGUGAUGGCGGUAGUGGCGGAGCAACGGGUGGCUCCGGCAGUUCGCAAGACGGUUCUUUUGCGGUUGAAGAUGAUCAAAAGAAGACCAACAAACACAUCAACAAUAAAAUCAACAAGAAUAACAUCAAAAACGGCAACGUCAACCAAAAAAAUGGUCGCGUUUUGGGUGCUGAGAGAGACGACUCUGGUUCUGUUAUUGGAUUUCAAUUGCUUCCUCAUUUGGGGGACAAUGAAGUCAGUGAGUCUCAAGGAGAUGUAGCUACUCAAGAAGAUGUAUCUAGUUAUGAAGUAGAGAAAACUGAGGACACUGAAGGAGAAUCAAAAGCUCAAACUCGGGUAACCCACAGUAUUGUCUUUGUCACUUCUGAGGCAGCACCUUAUUCUAAAACUGGUGGAUUAGGAGAUGUUUGUGGUUCUUUGCCUAUAGCAUUAGCUGCACAUGGACAUCGUGUAAUGGUUGUCUCUCCUAGAUAUCAGAAUGGCACUACUGCAGACCAGAAGUUUGCUAAUGCUACAGAUUUAGGUCGUCGUAUCAAGGUAUAUUGCUUUGGUGGAGAACAAGAGGUUUCUUUUUUCCACGAGUACAGAGAAGGUGUUGACUGGGUGUUUGUGGACCACCCUGCAUAUCACAGACCUGGAAAUCCAUACGGUGAUAGUAAUGGUGCUUUUGGAGAUAACCAGUUUAGGUUCACUUUGCUUAGCUAUGCAGCAUGCGAAGCUCCAUUAGUGCUUCCAUUAGGAGGGUUUACUUAUGGAGAGAAAUGCCUUUUCCUUGUCAAUGACUGGCAUGCUAGCCUUGUUCCAGUGCUUUUGGCAUCCAAGUAUCGUCCAUAUGGAGUUUAUAAAGAAGCUCGGAGUAUUCUUGUAAUACAUAACCUUUCACAUCAGGGUGUCGAACCUGCUGCAACUUUUAAGCAUUUGGGAUUGCCUUCGCAAUGGUAUGGGGCACUUGGAUGGGUAUUUCCCACAUGGGCCAGGACACAUGCUCUAGACACAGGUGAAGCUGUCAAUCUUCUGAAGGGUGCAGUUGUGACAUCUGAUAGAAUACUAACGGUUAGCAAGGGUUAUUCAUGGGAAAUAACAACUCCUGAAGGUGGAUAUGGCUUACAUGAGCUAUUAACCAGUCGAAAGAGUGUUCUAGAUGGUAUCACAAAUGGCAUUGAUGUCGCUGAGUGGAACCCAUCUACAGAUGAGCACAUUGCUGUCCCUUAUUCUGCUGAUGUUCUCUCUGGAAAGGUCGAAUGCAAGAUGGCUUUGCAGAAGGAAUUAGGUCUUCCUGUUAGGCCUGAUUGUCCUCUGAUUGGAUUCGUUGGGAGACUGGACUACCAAAAAGGCAUUGACCUGAUUCAGGCAGCAACCCCAGAGAUUAUGGAAGAAGAUGUUCAAUUUGUUAUGCUUGGGUCUGGGGAUCCUCAGUAUGAGAGCUGGAUGAGAGUCGCUGAGGUAACUUACAGAGAUAAGUUCCGUGGUUGGGUUGGAUUUAAUGUUCCAAUUUCUCAUAGGAUCACUGCAGGCUGUGACAUACUGUUGAUGCCAUCAAGAUUUGAGCCCUGUGGACUAAAUCAAUUGUAUGCAAUGAGAUAUGGAACUAUACCAGUAGUUCAUGCCACUGGAGGACUUAGAGAUACGGUAGAAAACUUUAAUCCAUAUGCUGAAGGAGGCAGUGGUACAGGCACUGGGUGGACUUUUUCGCCGCUAAUCAAAGAUAGCAUGUUGGCCGCGCUAAGAAAUGCAACAAAAACUUAUAGAGAAUACAAGACAUCAUGGGAAGGGUUAAUGAAGAGAUGUAUGGAGAAAGAUUAUACAUGGGAAAAUGCUGCGACACAAUACGAGCAGGUUUUCGAAUGGGCCUUCAUCGACCGUCCUUAUGUUAGCUAAAAGAUAAAUGAGGCAAAAGCAGUAAAAAGAGAACAACACAAUCCCAAACUUCUCGUGAUUUAGGUUCUAUACAUGAUGCUGCUGGUCUGGCUCAUAUCUCCAGCUUAAGAAUCACUUUCAGGAAACAGUUAUUCUUGUAAACAUGCCCGGUGGGUAUGCUUUCGACGAGUAUGGUGUAUUUAUUUUUAUUUUUUUGACGAGUCAGUGUAUUUCUUGACAAGUGCACAUCAUUGACUGGUGGAUCGAUUUUUGAUCUAUAGAUUUAGGGGAAAAAAUUCCUGUUGUAUUAAUUAUGUAUUUCUUUUUAAACAAGCAAAACAAUGAGAUAUUGCUGCUAUGACAAAUGGUAUGCUAUAUAGUUUACAUAUAAAUUUCCAUGUACAUGUUCUAUUUGGCAAGAUUCCUGCACAUGGAAUUUGGCUCCUUG